CAGGCGCCAGUGGAAUCGGCGAUUGUGCGGCUCUUCUUUGCUUCCUGCGAUUUUUAACGGCCCCUCACUCGACUAUUAACGACCUUUUCAUUUUGUAACGAGCCUUGCGCCUCCACUAUUUCUUCCCCCGCAUACCUGCACUAUUUUGUUGGCCAACAAACAUACAAACACACUAUCUCUCUUUCUCUCUCUUCACAUAUUCUUACUCGUGUCUCAAUUUGCUUUAUGGACAUUGUACAUUCCAGCGAUUCCUGGCCACAGCGACGCAGUCCGUUCCCGCUAACACCGCCCAUGGCAGGCUCCCCACGCCGCCGACGCAAACCCCUGCCUGGCCCGCACACGCCGUUUUUUGCCGACACAGUGGACCUGUGGGACACUGAAUCUAUUGCAUCGCAGUCGUCAACACCAACCCUGCAGUCGCACACACCCCCGUUUAACGAUGACGAGUAUUUCUUCCAAGUAAAGCAGCACAAACGCACCAUCAAUGACCUCUCGCGACAGCUGGACAGCCGUGAGGCCGAGAUUGCGCAGUACCUGGAUCAGAUCGAAAAGCUCCAGGCCGAAAUCGACGAGACAAGACGGCGUGCACAGAGCGACAGAGGCAUUCUGGUCAAGGCUGAGAAGCAAGUGCAAUGGCACGAGCGCCAGGCAAAAGCACACCAGGACGAGAUUGCACAUCUGAAGACAUCAGCCCAGGUAGCUGCUAAACAGACUGAGCGGCGGCACCAGCGUGCAGUCGCUCGUAUCAAGAGUAAGCUCGCGUUGGCAGAGACCGAGACCCGCGAGCUAGCUGAGCGUAUCAGGGACUUGCAUGCCGAGCUGGAUGAGGCCAGACGUCGCGAAGAGCGCCAGGGCCAGGAGCUCCAGGCUACUGAGCGCACAGUCACAGAAGCCAGGAGCGCCACCGCCGAGGCCAAUGCGGUUGCUCAGCACCUGCUGGCACGACUAGACGACCGCAAGCAGUACGUCUGCGAGCUCGAGCGGCAAGUCAGCGCAAUGCGUGCUAUUAUGAACUCAACCAUGGACUAUGCGCAGCAAGACUCAGCUGCAGCACCUGCCAUGGUGCGCCAGCGCUCGCUUUAUGCAGAAAUGCUCAGCGUUGCACACGUCCAGGGCCCGUACACACCACCCGCCUCAACAGCAGCUGAAGUGGCCGGCAGCAGUGAUGGCCAAGACACAGCAGAUGCCAGCAUGCAGGCGACCGCCGAUUGCAGCGGAUCGGAAGCACCAGUCGCUUUUGGGACAGUGGGCUGGGCUGCUGUGUAUUUGCACCUGAUCUGGGCCAUGUACUGCCGGCUCUGGCUCCGCCCCCUGUGGCACAUGCUAGGCGCCGUUGUGAUGGCUGUGCUAGGUGUUCUGGUACUCCAGCCGCUCGAGCUGCUUCUGCCAAAACGCGUAUUCCGGCUGCUGGCUCCCAGCAGCAGGCUGAGGCCGAAGCCGGCCAAAUAAUGGCCCUGCGGCAUCUGUCGGUGUAUUUGUAUCGCUCUGUUCCUUCCUUUCGCUUUCCACCCAUUGUAUUCUGUGUGAAUGCAUGAUAGCAAACUGUCUGCCGUCUGGUGUCUGUUGGAGAAUCAUUCCGGGUGCUAUGUU